AAAGAAGUCGUCAGCGAUCAUCAAGGGUAGAAGGCGAAAAAGUAGUGCGCCCACGAGAAUUUCGGCGAGAUGUUAUUGUUUGCUACCCUCACAGAUAUGACAACUUGACCUGGCCCUUUUACAAAGGGAAAAUGAACGACCUUUAGUACGCUAUUCUGUGUUCAUAUAAUUUCAAAAUGCGCCCCUCAAAAGGCCUAUUUGCAGGUGCCUUCUUGAUUGACAAGACAGCUGCGCAAAACGACAAGCCAGGCCCUCUUGUAAUUCCUGGUAGUCAGUACUUCGAAGGUAACGAUGGCCCAUGGAGCACAUUCGAUAUCCGGGUCGGCACACCGGAGCAGUUCAUCAGGGUGCUCCCUUCAACAGCAUCACCCCAUACACUAGUGCCACUAACAGAACUUGCCUGCUCACGAGAGGCAUUUGGCACCAUACCUCCCGACUGCGCCGUUUCAAGAGGCAACUUGUUUGACCCCAACGAGUCCUCGACCUGGCAAGACAUAGGCCAAUACGGGAUCAACCAUGACGGCGUUGGACUUGGGGCGCAUCUUGGGUACGAUGUGGGAGUUCAGUUUGGGCUGGAAAAGUUGGGACUGGGGCUCAACGGGCCUGAGUUUGACGAUCAGACAGUGGGCAUGAUAGCUGCUCCAGAGCCGUUUUAUCUGGGCAUCUUUGGUCUCAGCAAUCAGCCCAUGAAUUUCACUUCCUUGGCCAACACCUCAUCGCCAUCCUUCUUGACGACCCUGAAAGACCAAAAGAAAAUUCCAAGUCUCAGCUACAGCUACACAGCCGGGGCGAAAUACCGGCUGAAACAGGUCUACGGUCAAUUAGUGUUCUCCGGAUAUGACACGUCUCGAUUCAGGGAGAAUUCGGUGUCGUUUUCUUUGGCAGAAGACAUCACCCGAGAUCUGGUGGUUGUGGUCCAGUCCAUCAGCUACAGCGGAUCCAACUCUGCCACCCUCCUUAACGAACCCAUCGAGAUGUUCAUCGACUCGACAGACCCCAACAUCUGGCUGCCAGAAGAAGCUUGUGAAGCGUUUGAGGAAGCGUUUGGACUGCAACUCGAUGAGGAAUCAGGUUUGUAUCUUGUGAACGACACACACAGAAACAGACUCCUCGACUCGGACGCACAAGUCUCUUUCAGACUUUCUGAUGUCAGGUCGGGCGGAGACACCGUAACCAUUGUCCUCCCCUAUGCCGCGUUUGACCUGACAGCCGAGGCUCCUCUGGUAGCCAACACCAGCCACUACUUCCCCUUGCGACGAGCCAACAGCUCCUCGCAGUACACACUCGGCCGAACAUUCCUACAAGAAGCCUACCUCUCCGUAGACUACGAACGCAAAGCCUUCAACCUCUCCUCCUGCAUCUGGAACCAAGGCGCCCAAGAAACCAUCAUCCCCAUCACCUCCCCCGACGACCCAAACGCCGACCUCGACCCAUCCAGCAACUCCUCCUCAGGCAGCUCCAACCUCAGCACCGGCGCCAUAGCCGGCAUCGUCGUUGGCGCCGUCCUCGGCGCCGGCCUCAUCGCAGGCGGCAUAGCGCUUUGCUUCCUCCGCAAACGUAGAAAAUGGAUCGGAUCAACCUACGCAGCCAAGGAGCCCGAGCCGGACGAGUCAGUCCUCAAGGGACCCGUCUUCAACUCGCCCUCCUUCAGGCACGCGUCAGAGUCGACGAUGCAGAACGGAUCCAGCUCGGUGCCCUUUUCAGCAGCGGACGUGUCCGGCGCGAAGUCAACGCCUACGACGAUGGGCCACUCGCAUUCAGGGUCGGGGCCGAGUCCGGGCAUGGUGACGGGGGUGUCCGCCAAUGAGACUGGGACGUCGGGUGGCACUGUGGAGUUGGAUGGGGAUGGUACGGCGGUCAAGCCUAACACGGAGCUUGACGGGAAGGAGGUGCAGAAGCCGCUGCCGGCUGUGGCAGAGAACCCGCCGGGUGUGUUUGAGCUUCCUGGGGUCAAGGCUGGGGCGGACAGCGGGAGUAAAGCGAUGGAACCGCAGCAGGAGCAGCAUCGGGCACCUUCAACGGUUGGGUCUUUGCCGUCGGUCGAUGAAGGAAGAGAUAGAACCCCUUCACCACUAACGUCUACUGUCGGACCCAACUGGAGGCCUGGGAGGGUGAGCAUGAUGGAACCGGUGUCGCCUGACACACCUGUUGGGAGACCUUCGGAUCGGCCAUUUUAGGUUUUGGUCUUGCUAGACGGAAUACAUGCUCGGAAACAGCAGCCAUAUGACACUCUUUUCUGUAAAAAUAAGCGUAAUAAUGAUGAAACAUAGCCCCUAUCAACCAGCAACCUCUUCCACUUUCGUCUUCCUAUCCUCCCCCACCACCCC